AUGGUUCGAACAUACACCUGGAAUCCUUCAACUCAGUCAAAUUUAACAAUAAUUGGUAAUAUUAAUAGUGAAGACGACAAGACAAUAACAAAUUCGCUGCCAGAUACAUCUGUAAAUUUAUGUUCUACUCACUGCUUGUCAGAGAAAGCCAUCUAUAGACCAAAUUAUAAAAAUGGCCAGGCAAUAAAUAUAUCUACUUCUGUUCUCAAAGAUACUGCACAAAAUGAUACAGCAAGUAAUUCUGCAAAAGUUUUGCCCGGUUGCAAUAAUCAUAUUGAAUGCCCGCAACAUAUGUUACAAUCUGAAACAGCGUCUUUAUGGCAACCUUACCAUCAUCAGUCAUUCCCAGUCUAUUACCCUAUUCCGCUUGAUUUUCCAACCAACCUUUACCACUGGAGACCUCAUCUGUUUUCAUCUCAAAUAACAACACCAGUUAUGUUUGAGCAAACAACGAACUUUAGGCCUGAUCUAUGGCAGCUCAGGCCUAUCCAAAUUGGUUGUAAGGUUUAUUAUGAACCAGUGACCAGUAGUUCCACACUUUAUAGUAGCUCAACAUCAAUUAUACCCCAUUUCGUUACAACCGCAAAUUUGGUAACCAUUCCAAACAAUGCCCAACUUCAAAAUGUUAACCUAUCUCACUUACCAAGUGUCGCUAUCUCUUCAUUGUCUACUGAUAAUAUUAAUGAACAAAAUAAAUUAUUGCGUUCAGAAGCAUGUGGCAUUAAUCACUCCAUGACCUGCGGUAACAACGGCUCAAUAAAUUCGUCAUCGGCUCUUAAUGCUCCUCAACCAAAAAGUGAGAUUCGUGGAACUCCUUCUUGGCAUACACCAGUCUUGAUAACAAGAGAAGGUUUUAUGUUUGAUAGGAAGACCAACGAAAGUCCAACUGUUUCCACUUUCCAAAAUCCGCAGUGCGAAACUUCUAAUCAGCAGCUACAUGAGCAUUCUUUAUCACACAAGAUAACACCCUCAGUACAACACCAAUGUUACCAAAAAUUGAUCACUAUUGAUUCAACGGAGCAAUAUAAACGUGACCUGCAAUUACAAAUUGAGCAGAAUCGACGUCGUAAAGAGGAAGAACAGCAACGUGAACUGGAAAUAGAAAGAAAAGAAAUGAUAAAAUUCGAGGAGUACAGACGAAAAGCACAACAAGAGGUUGAGGAAGAAGAACGUAAGGAAAAAGAAAAAAUAUUGGAAGCUCAACGUAGAGCAGCUCGCAUGCGAGCGUUACACGAAGAAAUAGCAUUGAAGGACCGUCAUGAAGCGAAAAAUCGUAUGAGACGUAAUGUUCCUUGCAGUGUCGAAGGUACAAAAACUUUGGAAGAAAGAGCAUCUUCAAGAGAUGAAUCAAAUGACCUGGAAUGGUGGGAGAAGAAAAAGGAACAUGUGAAUGAUAAUGCAAAAAGAUCAGUUCAUUCACCGGUUAUUCCAGCUCUUCGGAAGAAGAAUGAAACUUUUGCUGAUUUUUCACGAAGUACACCUCUUGAAAUAUCUACGAAUAAUACAAAUGUACCUAGCUGCGUUCCAUUAGAUCGAUCUAAUAAAUUGCAUUCAAGAUUACGUCGGCGCUGUUAUCAUUCAUCCCUGACUCUGGGAUGGGACAGCAGCUCGGAUUCAAUACGUCUUCGUCAAAAAAGUCCUCACAUUCGCCAACAAAAUGAAUCAUCGUCGAUCAGUUUACAGUAA